AUGGCAUCUGAGCCACGACCUCUUCGCUUUGUGCUGAACGAGCGAGAGUAUGAGCUUAUCCGAAAACAUGUCCUCCGAGCGUCAGCCAAAAUUCGGCGUGAUGGCAAAGGGGAUCCGACUCUCCGGGAGACGCACAGUGACCCAGACUCUGGGGUCCGACGCGACGACCAUAACGCCGCCGCAUUUCGCUCAGCCUCGCGCGUGUUCGUGGCUACAUUGGGGUCCUUGAAGACGAUCGAGCUUAUCUUGUCGCGCCUCGCAUCUCGCAAAUCUCAGACUCAGACUGGCUCCAAGGCAAGACAGCCAAUAGUGGCGUCGAAAACCAGACUGGCAUUGUCGUUGUCAUCGCUUCUUUUCCUGCAUGCAGUGCUCUUCCGGAUGCUUGCACGUCUAAGACUGCGACUCCUCCAUGAGAAAGUUCGAAGCAUUCAAGAGCGAUACCCCAAGAUCUACGCGGCACUGACUUCUCGCAUCGCUCCAGCCGUUGGUGCCAGCUUGUCGGGACUGGCUCUGGGUAUCUGUCCCGCCGACCAGCUUAGAGUCACGGCGGCAAUAUAUGUAGCCACUCGGGCGCUGGAGAUUGGGUACGCUGCCAUCCAGCACACGAAGCUGAUGGCCAACAAACCCUCGUGGCUCGGGAGUUGGGUUCUGUUUACUCUGGCUCAAGGCCAAUUGCUGCAUGCAUUUGUGUUCGACCGAGAUUGCUUUCCGGCGACCUACGGGUCGUUUGUUCUCGGCUAUACACCUGAAUACAUCCAGCGUCCACCCGACAGCCUCUCGCCCAAGGUGAGCUGGCCUCGACCCGACGACAUUCUGGACGCCCUGGGUGACAUGGCCAGGUUAAAGUGGCCGCCGUUCAUGUCACCCAUUCUCCAACCCACAAACCCGAACACGCUGCCGGCGGGGAUCAAUCCUAUCAUCUCCCCCGUCACUUCUCGCGCGCAUCCUGGCAUCCACAAGCUCUCGUGUGCUCUGAUCCACCCAUCAGACCCGUCAUGCUUCAUGGCAUAUCUACGACAUAAUCUCAUCGCGUUCCCCCAGAUGGCCAAGUUCUACACGAUGUACUAUGGAGCGUUCGCUCUGAUACGGUUCAGAGGGUUUAUGAGUUCGCCUGUGACUUCCAUCAACGAAUUGUCCGAGUCCAUUCUGAGGUCGACGGUGGCCGUAUCGGGCUCGAUUGGCGCGGCGUGGGGCAGCAUCUGCCUGUUUCAGGCCAUUUUCCCGCGUGCAUUCCUCCCAAAGUUCCGCUUCUUCUUGGGCGGGCUACUUGCGGGACUGUUCCAAUUGUUUGAUCGCACCCCAGCAGGACACAUGAAUUCGAUGUAUGCUGCUCGGACCAGCGUGGCCUCGUUGUGGAAGGUAGGCGUCAAACAUGGGUGGUGGAGGGGGAUCCGUGGAGGUGAUGUAUGGCUCUUUGUGGCAUCUCUGGCACUGGUCAACGUGGUGUACGACCUAGGAAAGAAUACAGCGGCAGGUCAGGAUGGGGCAUUGAAGUUGAUCCAGGUUUUACGUGGAGAGUUGGACCUUGGAUUACAGAUGAAGCGGCCGGAGAACUCUGAGAAGCAUGCAGCAGUCAGUGAGGGUACAGAGACUGAGAAGGAGUUGACGGAUAUGUAG